UCCGUCUCCGGCUCAGGUCUUUCUACACACUCUCACACACCACUUUAGGGGAGGCUUUGCACAACUCUAAGGUUUUUAGCUCAACCACUAAGUCCCUCUCAGUUCUCACACAAAGGGAAAGAGAAGGAGAGCACUGCUCUCUGGAAAGGCUAUUCUCGCAGGCUGAGUCUCACAAGAAAGAAGCAAAGACUAUUAAUAGGCUGCCAAGGAAGUCACGGGUGAGGUCAAUACAAAAGACACUCACAUGCAUCUUAGACAAAGGAAAGUCACAAGCAUAGGCCAAGACAAGUGAAGUAUGCAGCGGACAGAACACAGAGGGGCCAGCCAAGUGGGUAAGUCAACCCUCAAAUAGGUAUGUUAUUGAUCAGAUAAAAUACCAAGGUAAAGGUACCAAAGUGGGAGUAAAACAAUAGGGUGCAAGCCUCAACAAAUAAAGUGGAAGGGAGGCCUUGGUAGGACCAAUACCUCCAACAUUCUCCACCUUAUUGGUCCUAGGUGGUGUAGAGUAUCAAUACAAGGUUGUGACAAGACUCAUUGAUAGCCGUUAUAUUUACUUGUGUUUAACAUAAGUAUUUAUAAGUAUUUGUUGAAGAAAAGAAGAUAAAUCGGGCAAAUACCUCCAGAAUGAGAGCUUGAUCAUAAAACAUUGCGAUGAACGACUUUUUGGACCAAGAGAAUGACGUUCUGCCCAUAAUUUGAGUAUAACGUAUUCUAUAGAACUCGAAAUCACUCGAUUCGAGUUUCAUGUGAAUGCUAACUCAAUAAGGUACAAAUGUUAUGAAGACGUCAUGACCAAAAUAUGAAAGGAACAAGACUCAAUCAACCAACAAAGUCAGAUGUUGCUGGUGGGAUUUCAGGAUGCAUACCUCUCAGUGUUUUAUCCAUAUCUCUUGAUUGGCUGAAUAAAAUCAUGUCAUUCAAGUUUUUUUGGAUAGAAGACUUCAUUAUCUACAACUUUGGUGAAGGAAUCAUGUCCAAAUUCGUAGCGGAACAUCCCCAAAAUCCCAGGACAAAACCGGCACCGGAAUUUGCACCAAACCGGCGCCCGUUUGUUGAUUUUCACAUGUACACAAACCAGUAGCUUACCCGGCGCCGGGUAGGCCAAAAUUUCAGAUUUCCCUGCGCACAAUGAAGAACCGACGCCGGGUAGGCCUGAACCCGGCGCCGGGUAGGUCUGAUCCUGCAAAUACAAAAGAACGUGCUGAAAUAUUUUGAUGAAAAAAACUCACCUUCCUCAUGAGCUAAUCAAAUAUAUCUUCCAUGCUUGAUUGUUGGGCUCGAAUAGACUAAAAGAUGUCAAUCUUUAGCCUAUAUAAAGCCCCCAAUUCAUCAAACAAGAUCAUCAUUCCAUCUUUGGAGCUAAAAAUUCAGUUUUUAUAUUUCCUUUUUUGCAUUUUCUUGAAGUGUUGGAGAAGAAGCCAUUUCUUUCUCUUCUACAAUUGGUUCUAGGUAUUAUUUCUUGUAUGUUAUUGUAUUUCAUUGUUCUUAGUUACACUUUUGUAAUUAAUAUGAGCAUUAGAGGCUAAGUUCUUAGCUAAGGCUAGGGAUGAACUUCUAUGCCCACUAGGUGUUUGAUAAAAGUUCUAAACCAAUAAAUUGUGAUUUAUCCUUUACAUUUUGAUUGUUUAUGACUAUGGUGUACAACAUAGAAGUAUGUUAAACUUAGUUUAUGCUUGCAAUUAACGUUGAGGUCUAAACUAUGAACAUUAAAGAAUAAACAUAUAUAUUACUGAGAAUAGAAAUAUAUCCGGUAUUAUAUGAUACGGGUGUGAUGUCUUGAUAUUCAACGGGGUUUUCGGUAGAUGAAUGUAAGCCGUAACGGGACUUACACGUAACGAAAACCACGCUCUCGCUGCCUUAACCGGAGUUGAGAAUAUACUAGCGACAUCGUAUUCAUAAUUAUUGGUAAAGAACUAAUAUUCAACCCUAUUAAAGCAUUUAAGUGAUUCCCGAAGCCUUAGUUGUUGUUAUCAAUCACUUUAAUCAAAUUAAUUCAAGUUAUAUCUCUGAAAAUUAAAAAGAAGAACCAAGUUGUUGUUUUCACAACAACACACAACUCAAAAUCCCUGCACUUUACUCAUUUACUUAUUCAAAGUCAUAUACUCGCGGACUAAAUUAAACAACGUUUCCCUGUGGAUUCGACCCGGUAUUUUACCGGAAUUUAUUACUAUAUCGGCACUUGUACACUUGCAAGUUCAGCCCGAUCAAGUUUUUGGCGCCGUUGCCGGGGAAACGGUCUUGUUUAAUAAAGUCCAAACAAUCAACCAAUCAAAAAUCCUGAAUUUAUUUUUCACAACUUCACUUGAUCUUGGAAGGAUUUUUUUUUCUUGUGUAGAUAUUCCCUUGUGUUUGCAUGCAAUUGAGAGGUCAAGGUUCUAAAAUUCUUGAACCACUUGAUCUUGAAAUAGAAAAAACUUGCAAACACAUUCGAAGGGAGCAAAAAGCUACAAAGAUGUUGCCAACUUUGAAUGAGAGGAAGAGACCCGUGGUGGCCGCUACGCCAUCUUGCAUCACCUUGAGCGAGGAAGCAAGAGACUAUGAGCUAAGGCAAAGCUACUUCAACGCUAUGCCUCAGUUUCAUGGUUUGCUUGGGGAAAAUCCACUCAACUUCAUCACGGAGUUCUACGGAUUCAUUCAAGGAAUCCCUAGAAAUGGCUUGGCGGAGGAUCAACUCAAGCUCAAAUGCUUCCCCUAUACUCUCAAAGGGGCGGCAAGAGGAUGGUUCCUAGAGCAAGCUCCGGCAAGCUACACAACAUGGGAAGGUAUAUACAAUGCCUUCAUGUCUAAGUACUACACGCCCACCAUGACUCAAGAGCUUAGACAACGCAUUUUCAAUUUCAAACAACAAAAUGGUGAGCUCUUUCAAGACGCAUGGCGGCGUUUCAAAUCAUUGCUAAGGGAAUGCCCACAUCACCGCAUUCCCCUAGACCUUCAAAUUGACACGUUCUACAAUGGUUUGAAUGCACCUUGUCAAGCCAUUGUGGACAACCGAGCCAAGGGCUACAUUGGAAAUAAAAAUGAAACUGAGGCACUCCGAAUCAUUGAAUCUAUUGCCUCAAAUCCUCAACUUCAAGGAGGCGAUUACAAGGUGGUCGGGAUGAAUGAAAUCUCUAUCACAACCGAGAUUAACAAAAGGCUUGAACAAAUGGAAUCAAAAAUUGAGCAAAAAUUCCAAACGGCCCUUCAAGCCGUAUUGGGAGGAGUCAAGCAAAUAGCUAAUGUGGAGAGCAUUCAAAGUCCGGAAGGCAAUUUAUCUCAACAUCUUGAAGAGGUAAAUUUCAUGAACUCUUAUGGGAACUGGGGAAACAAUAAUCCUUCUAAUCAACAAAGGUGGAACCAAGGGAGCAAUUGGAAGCCAAAACCCCAAUCCGGAGCACCUAAUUUUGGGCCGUCCAAGGAAACCACCAUGGAGGAUAUGAUGCAAUUCAUAUCCAAGAGCAUGGAAAGCAUGAAGGCUCAAAAUGAAGAGAACCAUAGUAGAGUGGAGGCAUCCAUUGGGAAUCUCCACUCUCAAUUCAACAAGUUGGAUCUUCGCUUUGAAGAUCAAAAUAUAAAGCUCAACCAACGCAUCGACACCAUUGAGCAAUAUACCAAGGCGUCAAUCCGAAAUCUUGAAGUUCAAUUGGGACAACUCGCCCAAAAAGUGAGUUCUAGAGAGCAAGGUAAACUCCCUACAACUACGGAGGUAAACCCGAGGGAGAGCGUCAUGGCCAUUACCACAAGAAGCGGGAGGCAAACGGAGGAUCCCAAGAUGCCGGAGAGAAGAAAGACACCGGAGGAACAAGAAGAGGUUUCACAUACACCGUUGCCACCUAUUAUGCCUCAAUAUGUUCCUCCCAUCCCUUAUCCAAAAAAGUUGAAGAAGAAAGGAGAUGAGAAGAAACACAAGAAAAUUCUUGAUAUUUUCAAGAAAUUAAGCAUCAACAUACCUUUUACGGAGGCCAUUGCGGAGAUUCCAUCAUACGCAAAAUUUCUCAAAAGCAUCAUCUCCAACAAAAAGAAGUUAGAGGAAUUCGCAACUGUGGCACUAACGGAGGAAUGUAGUGCCAUUAUUCAAAACAAACUUCCUCCAAAACUAAAAGACCCCGGAAGCUUCACUAUUUCAUGCUCUAUCGGAAAAGUCGGGGAGGUAAAGUCUCUUUGUGACCUUGGCGCUAGCAUAAAUCUCAUGCCCUACUCCCUAUUUAAAAAGCUAAGUGUGGGGGAACUCCAACCAACAACGGUUGCUUUGCAAUUAGCGGAUAGAACAAUCCGCUAUGCGAUAGGCAUUAUGGAGGAUGUCCUUGUCAAAGUAGGAAAAUUCUACUUUCCGGUAGAUUUUUUUGUUUUAGACAUGGAAGAGAUGGAGGUUCCCGUCAUCCUUGGGAGAUCAUUUUUUGCCACCUCCGCAGCCGUCAUUGAUGUACAAGCGGGCACCGUAAGGCUAAAAGUGGGAGAAGACGAUGAAACAUUCCAUGUAUGGAAAACACAAUCCAUUCUAACUCAAAACAUGGAGGUCAACACAAAUCCUUUUACUCCUCCCAAGGCCAUAAACAUCAUGAACAUCAAGAAGGCACUAAUACUUGGGCCCGAGGACCCUCCCACACACCCCGAGAGAAAAAAGAACAGACCUCCAACUCCAUGGCCUCCCCACGAUCUCAAAAAGGUAACAUUGGUCAAACGUCUUCGGGAGCACAAUCACACGUGAGAGGUACGUUGCAUCCGGCCUAUGACGUUAAACUGAGCGCUAAUUGGGAGGCAACCCAACAAAUUCAAUUAUAAAUAAAUAUGUUUAGUUAAAUACAUAUUCAUAUUUAUUUAUAAUUGAAACAACAAAAAAAAACACAAAAAAAAACAAAAAAAAAAGAAAAAAAGAAAAAGAAGCAUCAUCUAAACUCAUGUAUCAUGCAUCUCCUACUCUCACAAGACGGCCCAUUCUGCUAUUGAAGAUUUCAUCCUCCAUUACAUCCUCCAAUGUACAUUGAGGACAAUGUAUCUCAAGUGUGGGGGGUGCAUCUCAUGGUUAGUUAAACAAAUUUUUUGUGCAAAAUAAUAUUUUUUUUAGGAAGGUAAAAGUUGUGAUAAUUCUCUUUUUAAUGGGUAUUUGGUUGAGAAAGUUUUUAUUAUUCACAUAAACUAUCAUUUUUUUAGAUUUAUUACACUACUUUUACUCUUGAAAACCAUUCCCAAAAUAAACCUUGUGACUAGGGAACAUCAUCUUCUUCCAUGUCCAAAAAUGGUUUAAGUACAUCUCAAAUAUUCAAGAACCAUUUUGGAAAACAAGCCACCCUCAUGUCUCAUCAAAUAAAUUGGGAUCAUCAAAAUGACUUUCAGAAAAUACUUGUUGAGAACCAAUUCAAAUGAGUUAUAAAAAAAACCUCAUGGUCUCUCCCAAGAACUCCAAUUGAUCCAAUUCUAUACUGAAAAGUCAAAUACACCAAAAAGCCAUUCUACACACCCAAAAAGUCUUAGUCACAAUCCACUCAUCUACUCUCAAGUGUAUAAGUAAUUUUUCUAAAUCUAAUGAUAGUUUUGUGUGUCUAAUAGAAAUUUGGUUUUGGACCGAGAAUGAUAAAGGAGUUUACAUAAUUUUAUACCUCCCUUAAAAAUAAAAUUAUUUUUGUGCAUAUAUUUUUGUUGAAACUAACCAAGGCAUCCAAGGUGAAGAAAUUGCUCGAGGACGACCAAUGCUCAAGUGUGGGGGGAUUUGAUAGCCGUUAUAUUUACUUGUGUUUAACAUAAGUAUUUAUAAGUAUUUGUUGAAGAAAAGAAGAGAAAUCGGGCAAAUACCUCCAGAAUGAGAGCUUGAUCAUAAAACAUUGCGAUGAACGACUUUUUGGACCAAGAGAAUGACGUUCUGCCCAUAAUUUGAGUAUAACGUAUUCUAUAGAACUCGAAAUCACUCGAUUCGAGUUUCAUGUGAAUUCUAACUCAAUAAGGUACAAAUGUUAUGAAGACGUCAUGACCAAAAUAUGAAAGGAACAAGACUCAAUCAACCAACAAAGUCAGAUGUUGCUGGUGGGAUUUCAGGAUGCAUACCUCUCAGUGUUUUAUCCAUAUCUCUUGAUUGGCUGAAUAAAAUCAUGUCAUUCAAGUUUUUUUGGAUAGAAGACUUCAUUAUCUACAACUUUGGUGAAGGAAUCAUGUCCAAAUUCGUAGCGGAACAUCCCCAAAAUCCCAGGACAAAACCGGCACCGGAAUUUGCACCAAACCGGCGCCCGUUUGUUGAUUUUCACAUGUACACAAACCAGUAGCUUACCCGGCGCCGGGUAGUCCUUAUACCCGGCGCCGGGUAGGCCAAAAUUUCAGAUUUCCCUGCGCACAAUGAAGAACCGACGCCGGGUAGGCCUGAACCCGGCGCCGGGUAGGUCUGAUCCUGCAAAUACAAAAGAACGUGCUGAAAUAUUUUGAUGAAAAAAACUCACCUUCCUCAUGAGCUAAUCAAAUAUAUCUUCCAUGCUUGAUUGUUGGGCUCGAAUAGACUAAAAGAUGUCAAUCUUUAGCCUAUAUAAAGCCCCCAAUUCAUCAAACAAGAUCAUCAUUCCAUCUUUGGAGCUAAAAAUUCAGUUUUUAUAUUUCCUUUUUUGCAUUUUCUUGAAGUGUUGGAGAAGAAGCCAUUUCUUUCUCUUCUACAAUUGGUUCUAGGUAUUAUUUCUUGUAUGUUAUUGUAUUUCAUUGUUCUUAGUUACACUUUUGUAAUUAAUAUGAGCAUUAGAGGCUAAGUUCUUAGCUAAGGCUAGGGAUGAACUUCUAUGCCCACUAGGUGUUUGAUAAAAGUUCUAAACCAAUAAAUUGUGAUUUAUCCUUUACAUUUUGAUUGUUUAUGACUAUGGUGUACAACAUAGAAGUAUGUUAAACUUAGUUUAUGCUUGCAAUUAACGUUGAGGUCUAAACUAUGAACAUUAAAGGAUAAACAUAUAUAUUACUGAGAAUAGAAAUAUAUCCGGUAUUAUAUGAUACGGGUGUGAUGUCUUGAUAUUCAACGGGGUUUUCGGUAGAUGAAUGUAAGCCGUAACGGGACUUACACGUAACGAAAACCACGCUCUCGCUGCCUUAACCGGAGUUGAGAAUAUACUAGCGACAUCGUAUUCAUAAUUAUUGGUAAAGAACUAAUAUUCAACCCUAUUAAAGCAUUUAAGUGAUUCCCGAAGCCUUAGUUGUUGUUAUCAAUCACUUUAAUCAAAUUAAUUCAAGUUAUAUCUCUGAAAAUUAAAAAGAAGAACCAAGUUGUUGUUUUCACAACAACACACAACUCAAAAUCCCUGCACUUUACUCAUUUACUUAUUCAAAGUCAUAUACUCGCGGACUAAAUUAAACAACGUUUCCCUGUGGAUUCGACCCGGUAUUUUACCGGAAUUUAUUACUAUAUCGGCACUUGUACACUUGCAAGUUCAGCCCGAUCAAGUUUUUGGCGCCGUUGCCGGGGAAACGGUCUUGUUUAAUAAAGUCCAAACAAUCAACCAAUCAAAAAUCCUGAAUUUAUUUUUCACAACUUCACUUGAUCUUGGAAGGAUUUUUUUUUCUUGUGUAGAUAUUCCCUUGUGUUUGCAUGCAAUUGAGAGGUCAAGGUUCUAAAAUUCUUGAACCACUUGAUCUUGAAAUAGAAAAAACUUGCAAACACAUUCGAAGGGAGCAAAAAGCUACAAAGAUGUUGCCAACUUUGAAUGAGAGGAAGAGACCCGUGGUGGCCGCUACGCCAUCUUGCAUCACCUUGAGCGAGGAAGCAAGAGACUAUGAGCUAAGGCAAAGCUACUUCAACGCUAUGCCUCAGUUUCAUGGUUUGCUUGGGGAAAAUCCACUCAACUUCAUCACGGAGUUCUACGGAUUCAUUCAAGGAAUCCCUAGAAAUGGCUUGGCGGAGGAUCAACUCAAGCUCAAAUGCUUCCCCUAUACUCUCAAAGGGGCGGCAAGAGGAUGGUUCCUAGAGCAAGCUCCGGCAAGCUACACAACAUGGGAAGGUAUAUACAAUGCCUUCAUGUCUAAGUACUACACGCCCACCAUGACUCAAGAGCUUAGACAACGCAUUUUCAAUUUCAAACAACAAAAUGGUGAGCUCUUUCAAGACGCAUGGCGGCGUUUCAAAUCAUUGCUAAGGGAAUGCCCACAUCACCGCAUUCCCCUAGACCUUCAAAUUGACACGUUCUACAAUGGUUUGAAUGCACCUUGUCAAGCCAUUGUGGACAACCGAGCCAAGGGCUACAUUGGAAAUAAAAAUGAAACUGAGGCACUCCGAAUCAUUGAAUCUAUUGCCUCAAAUCCUCAACUUCAAGGAGGCGAUUACAAGGUGGUCGGGAUGAAUGAAAUCUCUAUCACAACCGAGAUUAACAAAAGGCUUGAACAAAUGGAAUCAAAAAUUGAGCAAAAAUUCCAAACGGCCCUUCAAGCCGUAUUGGGAGGAGUCAAGCAAAUAGCUAAUGUGGAGAGCAUUCAAAGUCCGGAAGGCAAUUUAUCUCAACAUCUUGAAGAGGUAAAUUUCAUGAACUCUUAUGGGAACUGGGGAAACAAUAAUCCUUCUAAUCAACAAAGGUGGAACCAAGGGAGCAAUUGGAAGCCAAAACCCCAAUCCGGAGCACCUAAUUUUGGGCCGUCCAAGGAAACCACCAUGGAGGAUAUGAUGCAAUUCAUAUCCAAGAGCAUGGAAAGCAUGAAGGCUCAAAAUGAAGAGAACCAUAGUAGAGUGGAGGCAUCCAUUGGGAAUCUCCACUCUCAAUUCAACAAGUUGGAUCUUCGCUUUGAAGAUCAAAAUAUAAAGCUCAACCAACGCAUCGACACCAUUGAGCAAUAUACCAAGGCGUCAAUCCGAAAUCUUGAAGUUCAAUUGGGACAACUCGCCCAAAAAGUGAGUUCUAGAGAGCAAGGUAAACUCCCUACAACUACGGAGGUAAACCCGAGGGAGAGCGUCAUGGCCAUUACCACAAGAAGCGGGAGGCAAACGGAGGAUCCCAAGAUGCCGGAGAGAAGAAAGACACCGGAGGAACAAGAAGAGGUUUCACAUACACCGUUGCCACCUAUUAUGCCUCAAUAUGUUCCUCCCAUCCCUUAUCCAAAAAAGUUGAAGAAGAAAGGAGAUGAGAAGAAACACAAGAAAAUUCUUGAUAUUUUCAAGAAAUUAAGCAUCAACAUACCUUUUACGGAGGCCAUUGCGGAGAUUCCAUCAUACGCAAAAUUUCUCAAAAGCAUCAUCUCCAACAAAAAGAAGUUAGAGGAAUUCGCAACUGUGGCACUAACGGAGGAAUGUAGUGCCAUUAUUCAAAACAAACUUCCUCCAAAACUAAAAGACCCCGGAAGCUUCACUAUUUCAUGCUCUAUCGGAAAAGUCGGGGAGGUAAAGUCUCUUUGUGACCUUGGCGCUAGCAUAAAUCUCAUGCCCUACUCCCUAUUUAAAAAGCUAAGUGUGGGGGAACUCCAACCAACAACGGUUGCUUUGCAAUUAGCGGAUAGAACAAUCCGCUAUGCGAUAGGCAUUAUGGAGGAUGUCCUUGUCAAAGUAGGAAAAUUCUACUUUCCGGUAGAUUUUUUUGUUUUAGACAUGGAAGAGAUGGAGGUUCCCGUCAUCCUUGGGAGAUCAUUUUUUGCCACCUCCGCAGCCGUCAUUGAUGUACAAGCGGGCACCGUAAGGCUAAAAGUGGGAGAAGACGAUGAAACAUUCCAUGUAUGGAAAACACAAUCCAUUCUAACUCAAAACAUGGAGGUCAACACAAAUCCUUUUACUCCUCCCAAGGCCAUAAACAUCAUGAACAUCAAGAAGGCACUAAUACUUGGGCCCGAGGACCCUCCCACACACCCCGAGAGAAAAAAGAACAGACCUCCAACUCCAUGGCCUCCCCACGAUCUCAAAAAGGUAACAUUGGUCAAACGUCUUCGGGAGCACAAUCACACGUGAGAGGUACGUUGCAUCCGGCCUAUGACGUUAAACUGAGCGCUAAUUGGGAGGCAACCCAACAAAUUCAAUUAUAAAUAAAUAUGUUUAGUUAAAUACAUAUUCAUAUUUAUUUAUAAUUGAAACAACAAAAAAAAACACAAAAAAAAACAAAAAAAAAAGAAAAAAAGAAAAAGAAGCAUCAUCUAAACUCAUGUAUCAUGCAUCUCCUACUCUCACAAGACGGCCCAUUCUGCUAUUGAAGAUUUCAUCCUCCAUUACAUCCUCCAAUGUACAUUGAGGACAAUGUAUCUCAAGUGUGGGGGGUGCAUCUCAUGGUUAGUUAAACAAAUUUUUUGUGCAAAAUAAUAUUUUUUUUAGGAAGGUAAAAGUUGUGAUAAUUCUCUUUUUAAUGGGUAUUUGGUUGAGAAAGUUUUUAUUAUUCACAUAAACUAUCAUUUUUUUAGAUUUAUUACACUACUUUUACUCUUGAAAACCAUUCCCAAAAUAAACCUUGUGACUAGGGAACAUCAUCUUCUUCCAUGUCCAAAAAUGGUUUAAGUACAUCUCAAAUAUUCAAGAACCAUUUUGGAAAACAAGCCACCCUCAUGUCUCAUCAAAUAAAUUGGGAUCAUCAAAAUGACUUUCAGAAAAUACUUGUUGAGAACCAAUUCAAAUGAGUUAUAAAAAAAACCUCAUGGUCUCUCCCAAGAACUCCAAUUGAUCCAAUUCUAUACUGAAAAGUCAAAUACACCAAAAAGCCAUUCUACACACCCAAAAAGUCUUAGUCACAAUCCACUCAUCUACUCUCAAGUGUAUAAGUAAUUUUUCUAAAUCUAAUGAUAGUUUUGUGUGUCUAAUAGAAAUUUGGUUUUGGACCGAGAAUGAUAAAGGAGUUUACAUAAUUUUAUACCUCCCUUAAAAAUAAAAUUAUUUUUGUGCAUAUAUUUUUGUUGAAACUAACCAAGGCAUCCAAGGUGAAGAAAUUGCUCGAGGACGACCAAUGCUCAAGUGUGGGGGGAUUUGAUAGCCGUUAUAUUUACUUGUGUUUAACAUAAGUAUUUAUAAGUAUUUGUUGAAGAAAAGAAGAGAAAUCGGGCAAAUACCUCCAGAAUGAGAGCUUGAUCAUAAAACAUUGCGAUGAACGACUUUUUGGACCAAGAGAAUGACGUUCUGCCCAUAAUUUGAGUAUAACGUAUUCUAUAGAACUCGAAAUCACUCGAUUCGAGUUUCAUGUGAAUUCUAACUCAAUAAGGUACAAAUGUUAUGAAGACGUCAUGACCAAAAUAUGAAAGGAACAAGACUCAAUCAACCAACAAAGUCAGAUGUUGCUGGUGGGAUUUCAGGAUGCAUACCUCUCAGUGUUUUAUCCAUAUCUCUUGAUUGGCUGAAUAAAAUCAUGUCAUUCAAGUUUUUUUGGAUAGAAGACUUCAUUAUCUACAACUUUGGUGAAGGAAUCAUGUCCAAAUUCGUAGCGGAACAUCCCCAAAAUCCCAGGACAAAACCGGCACCGGAAUUUGCACCAAACCGGCGCCCGUUUGUUGAUUUUCACAUGUACACAAACCAGUAGCUUACCCGGCGCCGGGUAGUCCUUAUACCCGGCGCCGGGUAGGCCAAAAUUUCAGAUUUCCCUGCGCACAAUGAAGAACCGACGCCGGGUAGGCCUGAACCCGGCGCCGGGUAGGUCUGAUCCUGCAAAUACAAAAGAACGUGCUGAAAUAUUUUGAUGAAAAAAACUCACCUUCCUCAUGAGCUAAUCAAAUAUAUCUUCCAUGCUUGAUUGUUGGGCUCGAAUAGACUAAAAGAUGUCAAUCUUUAGCCUAUAUAAAGCCCCCAAUUCAUCAAACAAGAUCAUCAUUCCAUCUUUGGAGCUAAAAAUUCAGUUUUUAUAUUUCCUUUUUUGCAUUUUCUUGAAGUGUUGGAGAAGAAGCCAUUUCUUUCUCUUCUACAAUUGGUUCUAGGUAUUAUUUCUUGUAUGUUAUUGUAUUUCAUUGUUCUUAGUUACACUUUUGUAAUUAAUAUGAGCAUUAGAGGCUAAGUUCUUAGCUAAGGCUAGGGAUGAACUUCUAUGCCCACUAGGUGUUUGAUAAAAGUUCUAAACCAAUAAAUUGUGAUUUAUCCUUUACAUUUUGAUUGUUUAUGACUAUGGUGUACAACAUAGAAGUAUGUUAAACUUAGUUUAUGCUUGCAAUUAACGUUGAGGUCUAAACUAUGAACAUUAAAGGAUAAACAUAUAUAUUACUGAGAAUAGAAAUAUAUCCGGUAUUAUAUGAUACGGGUGUGAUGUCUUGAUAUUCAACGGGGUUUUCGGUAGAUGAAUGUAAGCCGUAACGGGACUUACACGUAACGAAAACCACGCUCUCGCUGCCUUAACCGGAGUUGAGAAUAUACUAGCGACAUCGUAUUCAUAAUUAUUGGUAAAGAACUAAUAUUCAACCCUAUUAAAGCAUUUAAGUGAUUCCCGAAGCCUUAGUUGUUGUUAUCAAUCACUUUAAUCAAAUUAAUUCAAGUUAUAUCUCUGAAAAUUAAAAAGAAGAACCAAGUUGUUGUUUUCACAACAACAC